UGAGCCGCUUUCACGUCAUCACUGCUUCUCCAGACCCGGAUCUUCUCUAUCAGGGCUGGAUUCACAUCUCAGUCAGCUCAGCACUCACACAAACUGACAUUUGCACACUUUCAGGUCUUUCUUUGUGCUGUGAGCUGCAUUGUGCUGCAUCACUGGUGAGACCACGUGCUCUGUGUUUAUCACCAGGAAGGGGAGGGAGGCAGAGCCAGAUUUCUCGUUUUGUCCAUUGCCACCACAGACACACACACACUCUCAUCCAGGCAGCCACAGGGAGGAGGCAAACCAGGCUGAGCCGCGCCGUGUCAAACUCUGAACAACACAACAGGUUACUGUCCAGGAUGGCUGGAAAGGAGCAGCAGAUCACGGAGGAGAAGCCGCUGCUGCCUGAAAAGACAGGCGUGGACUCAGAGACGGAUAAAGGAGAGGAGGCAUCAGGGGGCCCCCCCUGCCCUGCCAGCACCGAGCCCCCUAACGAACCCCCUCCCCCCCGCCGCCCCACUCACCGCUGGCAUGCCAUCGCACGGCACUGGCUCCGCCAGACCCGCCGUCGGACCAGUGGGGUUAUCCCGGAAACCUGUGAUGAGCUGAUGCCGCCUGGUGAUUGGAAGGAACACGAUGUGGAGACUGCUUAUGGGACGCUGCACGUGGUGAUCCGGGGAGCCCCCAAAGGAAACAAACCUGCCAUCCUCACCUACCAUGAUGUGGGCCUGAACCACAAGCUGUGCUUCAACCCUUUCUUUCACAAUGAGGACAUGCAGGAGAUCACCAAGCACUUUGUGGUCUGUCACGUGGAUGCCCCCGGUCAGCAGGUUGGGGCUCCGCAGUUCCCUCAGGGGUACCAGUACCCAACCAUGGACCAGCUGGCUGGCAUGCUGCCUACAGUAGUGGAGCACUUUGGAUUCAAGAGCAUCGUUGGGAUCGGAGUUGGAGCUGGAGCUUUUGUCCUGGCCAAAUUUGCUCUGAUCUUCCCUGACCUGGUGGAGGGUUUGGUUCUGCUCAACAUCGACCCCAAUGGCAAAGGGUGGAUCGACUGGGCAGCCAGCAAGAUCUCCGGCCUGACCAGCACCAUCCCGGACAUCGUGCUGCCUCAUCUCUUCAGCCAGGAAGAACUGGUGAGCAACACAGAGCUGGUGCAGAGCUACCGGCAACAGAUCAACAACAACGUCAACCACUUCAACCUGCAGCUCUUCUGGAACUUGUACAACAGCCGCAGAGACCUGGAGAUGAACCGCAGCGGAUCCACUCUCAACUCCAAAACCCUAAAGUGCCCUGUGAUGCUGGUGGUGGGAGAUAACGCUCCAGCCGAGGAGGGGGUGGUUGAGUGUAACUCUAAACUGGACCCGACCAACACCACCUUCCUGAAGAUGGCUGACUCUGGUGGACUUCCACAGCUCACACAGCCUGGGAAGCUGACCGAAGCCUUCAAGUAUUUCCUGCAGGGGAUGGGCUACAUCGCUUAUGUGAAGGAUCGGAGGUUGAGUGGAGGGCCAGUGCCCUCAGCCAGUAUGACCCGCCUGGCCCGCUCCAGAACAGCCUCCCUGACCAGCGCCGGCUCCACGGAUGGGACACGCUCUCGCGCCUGCACCAACUCUGACAGCGCUGAAGGAGUGGGUGCGGUCACCCAAACCAUGGAGGUGUCAUGCUGAACAGCCACAGAGAAUAGGAAGCGGGGCUUAGCUGGAACAAAGGAAGGAAGAGAGAAACAAAAAGAGGAGGAGUGAUGCGAAGAAUAUGAAGGAAAAGAGAAGAUGUAGAUUGAUAGAGGUGUUCGGGUGAUGACUCUGUCUUUAUCUUUCUUGCAUUUGUCUGCCAUAAUCCAGCCUCUCGCUGCCCCCCCAUGCUGUAAAAUACUGUUGACAUUGCCACUAAUCCUACCCUAAUACCCUAAUACUCCCAACCACCCCUCCCCUGAAGAUUUAAGCAGCUGUUUCUGUUCUUGAAGUGUAAUGUUGUGAUUGCUAAGUGUCUCCUCAUUUUUUGCGUGCACCCCCCGACCCCCCACCCCCUUAAAAAAGAACACAAACACUAUAUGACCCUGUUUUCUUGACAAGAGAAAGGCAGUAAUUGACUGCGAAAGCUGAAUUUUGAGGGGGUGCUUGAAGGUGAACUAUUAUGCAUGUUUGUGUUAAAGCUGUUUUAGACUCAAGCAUCUCUCUCUGUGGCGUCAGGAUGGUCAAUGGUGCAUCAAGAACGGCGAGGAGGUGUGUCCAGAGUCUGCAGGAGAGCAGACGCAGCCGUGUCGUAGCACAGUGCAACGGUAGUGUUUAGGAAUCAGUGUUAGAUUUGCGUAGAGCUUAGCUAGGGGGCAGCACACAAAUGUAUGAAGCUACACUUAGACUUAUGGUUAGGAGUUAAUCUGAUGCAAAAACUUUCUGAAGGAUCCUUGUUUCAUGAAAAGAUUUUGAAGGAAAGUCCUCACUGAGAAGUUCAUCUGUCUUGAUAUGAACCUAAAAAAAAAUAAGACAAUGUGGCUCACGUUACUGACAGGAAAACCCUGUAGUUCUUCUCCCACCGUCCAAAGUACCACAGCCUGAUGAACACCGUUCCUGAUGAUGCUUGGUACUGUAUUUUCUUAGUGACACAGUGGUGUAGCUACAAACCCCUUCUCUUUUAGAACUAAUAUAAACAUGAAUAUAGAAUAGAAAAUGUAUACUUGUGAUGGUGAUAGUCUUAGAGAAUACUCCAAUGAAUAGUAUUUCACACAUUAAGCAGAACCAUAUUUAGCCCUGAUCAUUAGUCUGUAGCUUCCCAUCUUGUGGUUCUGAGGUUAACUCUUUGUGGUGUCAAACUUGACAAUCAUACUCUGACCCAAACCUGAACCAGGUUAACCCUUGUGCUAUCCUAGGCACUUUGACAUUGGGAGUUUGGUCAUCUAGACCCACUAGACAGUGCCCUGAACCUUUUUUCUUCAAUGAUUUGUGAUCUCCACUGGUGUCCAUGGAUUACAUGAAAUCUUUCCACCUUUAUCCACCUUUGUCAUGGUAGGAAGAACACGUCAAUGUAAGGUUGGGGUCAUAGGAUAGCACAAGGAUAAAGUCAUUUGGCUUAGCUGCCAGGUUAGCACCAAAAUGCUUCUCUUAAAGCGCCCAGCCCAUUUGCAUGGAUAAACCAAAGUUACCCACCCACCUCAGGCACAAACAGCUCACACUGAAAGAAGAACCGCAUUGACUCUGGUUUGCUGCAGGGUUUACACAAAAACAUUUGUUGUGAUGUGAUUAGUGAGUAUUUCGUGUGUUAAUGUGAUCUCACUAGCAUAUAGUACUUUUAGUGCAUAUGUACAGUUUCUUAGGCUAAAAAGGGUGCUCUGUUGUUUUCUGCAGAACUGGACUACCUCUGGGUCAAAAUGGUGCCCUUGGUUUUGGUGUGCAUCAGAGCAUUCGCAUAGCAUUCCUUUACUUUCUCUUGCUUUAUGUCAGAUGAAAAAGGGUUCCCCAUAAGUAGUAGCUUAACUUCUAAUCACUGAGGAUUUUGUGCAAUUGAGGUGGCCUGUAAGAGGCGGGGCUUUUUUGGCGCCAUUUGGGCUCCAAGCUCAGAAUGUAGGGCAACUCCCAGCUACCUUAAAAAAAAACCUCCCCUAAAAAUCACAUGGUGCCCCGGCUCUCACAGGCAAACCCAGCCACACCUCAAAGGGCUAACAGCAAAAGACCCUUUUUUAGAUGUUAUUUUUGUUGCAGGUAUGCUUCUGAGCACCAGGGGGCCCCAGAGAGGAACAGAUGCAUGUCAGGUUUGUUUGUAUUAAAAAACGAAAGGUCAAUGGCAAAGCAGAGAGAGAUGCAGAGCACACAUGUUGUUGAAUGGAUGUUUAGGGAAAAGAAUGUGAAUUUAUUGAAGCAUGAGACUGAUUCUUGUUUAUUUUGUCUGACAUAUGGAAUAAGCUUUAUGUUGUAAAGAGAGAGAUCAUGAGAUCAGAGCAAACGCCGUCCCAGGAUUGACUGCUAAAACACUCCAGCUUGCACGUUGCAGAGUUUGUGUGUGAUCAUUUUUCAGUGUUUCUUCUCUUCUCAAAGCUGUUUUCUACCAUCUACACUUGGUUUCCUCCCACACAACUUCUACCCACACUGCCUGGGGGGCUCCUGAAUGUAUCUUGUCCCUUUCUCAAGUGCUGUACAGUAACGUCAACUUACACCUCGUUCUCACUCUGGUUUGCACUUAUCUUUGGCCCCUUUGACAUGUUACAUGAAGACCCGACUUGUUCCCCUUUAAGGUCUGUGAAUAGUGGGACUGAUCUUUGGGUCUGCAGCUCCCAUGAGCUGCCCCCAGAUCAGUUUGUACAGACCUUGGUCCUUCUUGCUCUUGUAGAUAUUUUUAUUUGUAGAGCAAGUAACCUAAACCAAACACUAAUCCUACUGUGAUGUGAGAAAUGUAUUUCUGUUCCCUCUGGGGUUUUUUAAAAUCCACUAAAGGGUGUGAACUUAUCUUGGUAUAAUGAUCUUGACUCCUGUGUUCUUCUGCUUCUCUAACUGCCACUCUUCAUUAAUUUGUACGAAGCAAUAAGUUUUGUUGGGUUUUUUGGGUAGGAGUGUUUUUUUUAUUAUGGGACUCUUUCCCAUUAGCCUGUUUCUACACUAAGACUCUGACCCACUUCAUUGUCAUUCAGACGUGUACUGUAAAGUUUAAAUAUAUUAUAUAUACAAUAUAAAUACGACAUUAGCUGUAUUUGUCCAUGUACUGAUCAAAUAACAAGAAAUAAAAACUUAACAGAAUUUGAA